GAAAGAAUUUCCAGGUCGAGCUGAGCCUGUGGCAUUGUCAAGUUCCAGUACGUGGUCAUUGAACAGGAUUCAGAAGAGAUCCAUCACUGCCAGCAGCAGGCGAUCCAAGAUCUUGUAUGCCUGAGUGACAACUUUCUUCGUCCAAAGGAUCCUUCAAAGACGCAUUGCGAACACAAGUAGCUUUUGUUUCUGGUUGCAAACCCCAUUCGACACCAUCAAAAGCAGAUUCAGCCUUCGCCAUUGCGGUGAAUCGCAAGCAUGGCAUCAGCGCUUGCACGGAGCAGCCUUCCGCUUCAGCCCCGACUUGCUGCGCAGCAUUCUGCUCCCGAAAAGAGAUCACAGUCGAGCACCCCCAUCAGAUCUAGCUCACCAGGGCACGCGCGGUGUACUCAAACCCGUGCAUUCAAAGGUUUCAAUGGUCUGCGGGCUUCUUCUCUGGUUUCCAGUGGAUCUGCACAAAAUGUGAAUACGCUCUUCAAAGAUAAGGUGGCUGCUGCAGCUCUGCCUGGCGCCCAUUCAGGAAGGGGCAGGAGGGGCCAGAUUGUCUGUGGCGAUGGCAUGAAGCUCGUCUUUGUUAGUGCUGAGGUUGCGCCUUGGUCGAAGACUGGCGGCCUUGGCGAUGUGCUUGGAGGGCUACCACCGGCGCUUGCUGCACGUGGACACCGGGUUAUGACGGUUUCCCCUCGGUAUGACCAGUACAAGGAUGCCUGGGACACUGAUUGCACUGUGGACCUGAAGGUUGGGGACAAGAUGGAGACGGUGCGCUUCUUCCAUUGUUACAAGCGAGGUGUCGACCGUGUGUUUGUGGAUCACCCUCUCUUCUUGGCAAAGGUGUGGGGCAAGACUGGCGGCAAGAUCUACGGGAACAAGACUGGCGAGGAUUUUGAGGACAAUCAGCUGCGGUUCAGCCUCUUCGCUCAGGCGGCCAUUGAAGCCCCCCGUGUGCUCAACCUGACAAAUAGCCCCCACUAUGACCGGCCGUACGGCGAGGACGUCGUGUUUGUUGCGAACGACUGGCACACUGCCCUCCUUCCCUGCUACCUCAAGUCGCAGUACCAGCCGAAUGGUCACUUCACCAGCGCUAAGGUCGCCUACUGUGUCCACAACAUCGCCUACCAGGGCCGCUUCGCCCCCACCGAUUUUGCCAGGCUCAACCUGCCCGACUCUUUCAGAGACUCUUUCGACUUUUGGGACGGGUACUCAAAGCCCGUGGCUGGCAAGAAGAUCAACUGGAUGAAGGCCGCGUUCCUGGAGUCCGAUCUAGUUCUCACCGUGAGCCCCAACUACGCGAGCGAGCUGGUGUCCGGCCCCGACAAGGGCGUCGAGUUGGACGAUAUCGCCAAGAAAGUGGGCGUCAAGGGGAUCGUCAACGGAAUGGACGUGGCGGAAUGGGACCCGGCGAGCGACAAGUACCUGGACCAGACGUAUGACCUGGACACAGUUCUGGAGACGAAGCCCAUCCUGAAGGAGGCCCUGCAAGCGGAGGUCGGGCUGCCGGUCGACCCCUCCAAGCCGUUGAUCGGCUUCAUCGGACGGCUGGAAGAGCAGAAGGGGUCGGACAUUCUGGCGGGGGCCGUGGGCGACAUCGUGAAGGCAGGGGCGCAGCUGGUGGUCUUGGGCACGGGCAAAAAGUACCUAGAGAAGCAGCUGGACGAGCUGGACGCCAAGUUCCCCGAUGGGGCCCGGGGCAUCGUCAAGUUCAACGUGCCGCUUGCUCACCUGAUCAUUGCGGGCGCGGACUACCUCGUUGUUCCGAGCCGCUUCGAGCCUUGCGGUUUGAUCCAGCUGCAAGCAAUGCGCUACGGCACCGUUCCGAUUGUCGCUUCCACUGGCGGACUGGUCGACACCGUUACCGAGGGCGUGACCGGUUUCCACAUGGGAGAGAUGGACGUCGACUGUGAAGAGACCAAGCCAGAAGACGUGAAGAAGGUCGCGGAGGGCGUGACGAAGGCGCUCGAAGUGUACGGGACGCCCCAGUUCGACGAGAUGAUCAAGGCGUGCAUGCAGCUGAACCUGUCGUGGGAGAACCCGGCCAAGGAGUGGGAAGCCGAGCUGCUGAAGUUGGGCGUCGCCUACAGCGAGCCUGGCAAGGAGGGCGUUGAGCUGUACCCCAAGACGAAGGAAAAUGUCGCCACUCCCUAAGCGUAACGGAGUGGUUGAAGCCACGUGUUCGUCUUCGGGCGCGCCACCUGUGUCUGCGUGUUUCAUAGUGCGACUCAACUCGCAAGUGCUAAGGUAGAGAACGUUGACAAUCCAGCUUUGACCCAAAUCGGGAAGCGAGCGGAGAGCACGGUUUUGUAGACACGCCAAGAGAAGGGCGUUUGAAGCGCAUGUCCUUGCGUGUGGUCAGCGUCAGUACUUUGAGCUCAAAUCAACCUGAGCAUCGAGCGAAAGGUCGUAGUUGACAGCUCAAGCGGAAGAGAAUCGAUCGUUAGUCCGCGGAGCUUGAGAGUGGAUAAGAGCAAGUAAGUCAAGAAUCGUACUAUUGAUUAAUGACCUUCAGAGAGUGAUUACCUUCCAAUGCACAAACGUCUGACCCAAGACGGCCCCCAAAACUUGAGCAUUAUGUGCUUUGUCAACGGCAAGGAGCGUCAAAAGGAUUCUAGCUGGAACUAUCAUUCAUUUCCAUAAUAGCUACUUAAUCGAGUCUUUGUAAGGUCUGAAGGACGUUCAAGGUUGAUGGUCAGGUCAUGCAAUGUGCGGCUCCCAAGUCACAGCUCUAAAGCCUGCAAUGUCGGACUCACGACUCAGACGAGAUUCCCG